AUGGGGAGAUCAGAAUCUGAGUGCAACGAACGAUCAACUAGUAGGCUAUUGUACUUUGAUAGAUUGAGAAAGAAACAGAAAAAUAACAGAGAUAUGGAAAGUGAAGCCACUGACGUUGGAAAGAUCAAAAUGGAGCAGACUUCAAAGACGGAAACAAAAGCAUCUCCAUUGAUUUUUCGAGAAGUGGAUACAGGAUUGGGACCCCGUACAAAAUCAAUUAUUAAUGUGGAUAAACACUCGGGGGCUGUUAUUUCUAAUACACCAGACAAAGACUUGAAGAGAGUGCCUAAGGUGACAUUUGAGACCAAGAAGAAGAACAUAGAGGUUAUUGGAAGUAAUGAAUGUUUAACCGAUGUUGGAAAGAAUGCAGUGGAGAGAAAUGCAACAGCAAAUGUUGUUUUGAACACAAAUAAUAAUUUAGAUAAUCAUCAUUCAGAGGGGAAUUUAAAAAAGACAACUUCAAUAUCAGUAACUCCAAUAUUAAAUUCUUCUCCUAAAAAAAAUGAUGGGUCUGAUGCAGUAAAUGUUAAAGCAGCAGAAGUUAACAACCUUUCUAAAACAACUGAUAAUGAACAUCCUCAUUUCAUUGUCGACGAUAUAUUGCAUACACCACCUGAGAGAUCAAGAUCGAACAGUAUUACCCAUCAACUUCCACAUGGUAUGGUACCAAGUGUAGACAAUAUUUCAUAUUUGUUAGAUAAACAAUUGAGUGCCUUGAACACUGGAGAGACUACUAAUGCCGAGAGAAAUAAUAUGUCCACUGUAGAGAGAGCAGUGAGUCCAAUAAAGGAUAGUAAACUAGUAGAUGUGAACAAAACGAAUGAACCGUUAGAUCUAAGUAAAGAAGAGCACAAGGACCUGGAUCAAGGAUUAUCUAAUAAGAAUAUACCUGUUAUAAACAAAGAAUCUCUGAAAAAUACAGACUAUAGAUUGCUUCAGGAUGAUAAUAAAAUACAUGUACUGUUUGGAGCUACAGGAUCUUUAUCCGUCUAUAAACUAAAACCAAUGAUAAAAAAACUUGAAGAUAUAUAUGGUAGAGACAAAAUUACUAUCCAAGUGAUAUUAACACAAUCUGCGGAAAAGUUAUUGAACACCAAAUAUUUAAAAAAGAACGGCAACAUUAUUGGCAACUCUGCAUUGACAACACCAAUAAACGCACCACAUAACGAUGAUAAAAUACUGCCAACGAUAAAUAAAUCAAUGAAACUAACUAAUUCAGAGAUAAUUAGUCCAGUGACACCAACCAUGAAUUCUAACACUAAAAUUAAAAAUGAACUACUUCCAUCCCAUAUCACUGUUUGGACGGAUGUUGAUGAGUGGGAUCUUAGUCGAGAAAGAACAGAUCCUAUAAUACACAUAGAAUUAAAAAGAUGGGCUGACAUCUUGGUUAUUGCACCUGUGACAGCAAACACAUUAAGCAAAAUUGUUCUAGGUUUAUGCGAUAACCUAUUAACAAACACAGUAAGUGCCUGGAAUACACAUUUCCCAAUAUUACUUGCACCUUCUUUGGUGUCAAGUGUAUAUAAUGCGAACAUUACCAAAAGACAAAUUGCAGAGAUAAAAGAAAAUAUGCCAUGGAUCGAGGUUAUUAAACCUUCUGAAAAGGUCGUUGGUAUUAAUGGUGAGAUUGGGCUUGGAGGGAUGGUUGACUGGAAUGAAAUUGUUGAUAAAAUAGUAACAAAGUUAGGAGGUUAUCCGGAGGAAGAUGAUAAUACUUCAGAAUUAGGUGAGGCAACUGAGGACUUGUUGAAUGAAGACGAUGAUGAUGAUGAUGAGAUCAAAGCUAGUAGCUCAAGAGAUGACAAGGAUUCAAAUACAGAAGCCGAUGAUGAUGACGACGACGAUGAUGAUGACGACGAUGACGACGACGACGACUUGGAAGUUUCCAACUCUCCAGAAACUAUACAGGAUUCUAGAAACUGA